UCUGCCAGCCCCCUUGGAGCCGUGGAAGUCUCUAAGCUGGCAAGUUGCUGCAGAGGCUGGAAUGUGGAGACCAAGCCAGUAUUGUAAAGGCUUCAGCAUCACUCGCUCAGGCUAGUAGGACCGAGGGACUCCUCUACCCCUGCCCGUGUUCAGGGCCUUCCUCCUCCUCUGAAACCACAGCUAAUCCUGGAGUUGGGGAUCAGAGAGCUAGAAAUCAAGCCCAUGCUUUGGGCCCCGAGCCAGUCUAAAAAGCUCUCCCAUAGAGGCCAGGGAAUAUGGCUGAAGGUCAUUGCACGCUUCCCAUCGUGAACCACGGGCUCUUGUGGGGCUGAUCCGUUAGAUAACAAGUGGCCCUUGGUGUUGAAAAUGGCUGGUGGCGUGGACGGCCCCAUCGGGAUCCCGUUCCCCGAUCACAGCAGCGACAUCCUGAGCAGCCUGAACGAACAGAGGAACAACGGGCUGCUGUGUGACGUGGUCAUCUUGGUGGACGGUCAGGAGUUCCCCACCCACCGCUCUGUCCUGGCGGCCUGCAGCCAAUACUUCAAGAAGCUCUUCACCUCCGGGUUAGUGGUGGACCAGCAAAACGUAUACGAGAUAGACUUUGUGAGCGUGGACGCCCUGUCGGCGCUGCUCGAUUUCGCUUACACCGCGACCCUGACCGUCAGCACUUCGAACGUCAACGAGAUCCUCAACGCCGCCAAACUGCUGGAGAUCCCGGCGGUAACGGAGGUUUGCACGGAUCUCCUCGACAGGAAGAUUCUGGCCAAAAAUGACCAGAUGGAUUUAGUAGAUCAAAUUGAUCAAAGGAACCAUCUCAGAGCAAAAGAGUACCUGGAGUUCUUCCAGAGCAACCCCAUCAACGGCCACCAAGGCAACUUUCCAUGGACCAACCAAGACUUGAGAGACCUUCAGAGACUGAACUUCCAAGGGCAAGAGGACGAGGAGGAGCCGGACUGCAACGGCAUGGACUUCUACUCACAAGCCCCCCCAAACGAAAGACCAAAGGUGAACGACAGUGACCCUGACAGCAACCAUGCCAUGUGGCUGAAAAGAGAGGAAGAGGAGGCCCCGGGAGCCUUAUUCCCACCUUCCCAGAAUGGACAUUACAGUGGACACGGCCUGACGGCACAAGGAGAAGAGGAGGCAGCCCUGGACCAGCAGGAAGCCAGCAACUCUCCCAGCUUCGUUCCUGGGGGAGCGGAGGCUGAAGAGGCUGAGGCUAGAGAGGUGGACGGUCUGGCCGCCAGCGCCCUGCUGCAGCAGAUGAUCAGUUCCGUGGGAAGGCAGCAGCUGGGUGAGGAUGACCAGAAGGACGACGACGGGGUGAUGGAUUAUUACUUGAAAUACUUCAGCAGCUCUCACGAGAGCGACGUGUAUCCGUCCUGGUCCCAGAAGGCGGAGAAGAAGAUCAGGGCGAAAGCAUUCCAGAAGUGCCCCAUCUGUGACAAGGUGAUCCAGGGGGCUGGCAAGCUGCCCCGCCACAUCCGCACCCACACGGGCGAGAAACCCUACGAGUGCAACAUCUGCAAAGUCCGAUUCACCAGGCAGGACAAGCUGAAAGUUCACAUGAGGAAGCACACAGGUGAGAAGCCUUACCUGUGCCAGCAAUGCGGGGCUGCUUUUGCUCACAACUACGACUUGAAGAACCACAUGCGUGUGCACACUGGCUUGCGGCCUUACCAGUGCGACAGCUGUUUCAAGACUUUCGUCCGAUCCGACCACUUGCACAGGCACCUUAAAAAAGAUGGGUGCAACGGCAUCCCAUCCAGAAGGGGGCGCAAGCCCCGGGUCAGAGAUGUGAGCGGCCUGCCCGCCCCCGCAGGGAACCCCGAAGACGGAAGCUUCGAAGCUGGUGGCGAGAGACAAGAAUCACAGGAGGACACCGAGCAGAAAAAUGGCCAGGAGCAGCACUUUGAAGAUAGUUCUAACAAUGAAGCACCAGGAAGAUUGAAUGUAGCGGAGGGGUCGUCAGAGGGUAAAACACAAGGACUCUCCUAAACCAAAAAAAAAAAAA